AUGGUGCUGGCGGCAGUUUACAGCCGGGCUGCAUACGCCUACACCGGGCGGCGCGGUUUGUUCGAUUCCGUGACGCAAGGAGCUUUCUUGGUGCAGCUUGCCUGCGGCGUCUCAGCCAUGCUCAUGCACGGUUUGCUGUGUCCAGUAGAAGCUAUCCGCAAGCUGGAAAGUCCUUGUAUACUCUAUACCAUUUUAGUUCUUAAUGCUCGCUGGGCAGGAGCCAUGGUUUUCUCGCUCCACCGCGCGGCCUUCGAUUAUGCUGAGCAUGUCGAUGACGCAUCCAACGAGCUUGGCCCAAGUUGUUUCAUGUGCGCGUAUUCGCGCAGUCAGGGAAGAUCCAAGGAGGCGGCCUUCCUCGACAUGAUGUGCCUGGCACCAGAAGACCUGGUCUGUGCACAGUGGCGCAGCUUGGGGCCAGCCUUCGCGGUUGCGCGGGAUCAUGUCCUUAAGUGGAUCGUGGUCGCGGUCCGCGGGACUCUGUCGCUGAAGGACAUCCUCACGGACUGCGCCGUUAACUCGGUGCCAUUUCUUGAAGGCACUGCUCACGAAGGCUUCGUCAAGACCUCGCAGAAGCUGCUCGAGGAGAUCGAGGAGCUGCUGCGGAAGGAGAUGCAAGCCCACCAGGGCUACCGGCUGGUGUUCUGUGGGCACAGCAUGGGUGGAGCCGUUUCAGCCAUGUGCGUGGCCAUGCUGCGGGAUAAGGCAGCCAAAGAUGUGGCGCGCUAUGGGCAGUGGGCAUCACAGUGCUGUGCUUACGGCAUUGGCACCCCUGCGGUGCUGUCUCGAAACAUCUGCGAACGUCUGGCCCAAAGCCGCGCGGCUUUCGUGGUUGUGAAUGCGCAGGAUUGGUCUCCACGGGCGUCCGUGUCGAGCGUUUCCGAGCUCCUUGACGACUUGGUGGAGCUCAGCCUCGCGCGCACAAUGAUGCGCAUGGCCACAGGUGCCGGCCAAGAGCUUCGGCGCCCCGAGCCUGAGCAGCUCGAGCAGCUUCCACCUGGCGUGAUGCUGCAAAUCGUGCCGGGCCAGGACCAGUCCUUGUUGAAAGCAUCUUCAACGGAUUAUCGCCACUCGAUGCCUGCUUGGCCCGACGUCGCCGCUCAUAUCCCGUUGGCCUACGUGGAAGGUGCCUGGUUCUCAUAA